UGGCUGUACCCACGGACGCCGCGGAAUUUUCUGCUACCACGCGCUGGAUCCUGCUUUUUCUCUGGAAUUACUGUAUUUUACGUGUGUUGCUGUGUUAGUUGUGCACCAAACUUUUUAGUUUCGUGUGUUCAUCAAUCCGUGAAAGUUUCGUGGAAUUCCGCUUGAUAUCUUCGGAGAUCUCAGUGAUUUACUGCUGUGCCCGUCAUUUUGGAAUUUGUGAUCGACAUCUUGCUUGUCCUCGUGCUUGAAAAAAUACAACAACUAUGCCGAAUAUCAUGCAACGACGUAUCUGCUCUUCAACUAAUUGCGGCAAAGCCCUUAAAAUGGGUAUAACGUGCCGAAACUGCAGUGGCUCGUUCCACCCGAGCUGUAUAGGAAAGUCCGCCCAAGAAGCAAGGCAAAUAAACAAGGCUACUGACGCAUUUUGGUUUUGUCCAACUUGCCAGUUAACUCCAGUGGUCGGUUGUUUAUGUGCACUCAUGGAAAGGUGCGAUACUUUGAAUGCGACAAUCGCUUAUUUGUUGAACGCCAGGCUUGCACCACCGGCCGCGAAUAUGGCCAUGAUUGUACCACAGUCGGUCAAAGAAAGCUCCACCUCGAGGCCGAAAAAAAGGGCUAGACGCUCAAGUCGCGCUGCAGCCUCAGUUUCUCCAAAUCCCUUGCCUCACUCAACUCCCAAAAGCGGACGAACAUCCAGAGUACUGAUGUCCACACCUUUGAGUCACACGCCCCACCUCCAUUCAACAGCAACCGCGGAAGCUCCGGGGCAAACCUCUUCCGCCGUAGAGAAAAGUCGGGCGUCGUACGCCUCAGUCGCCUCAAUGCAUACACCGGCUAAAUUACCUCCGACUCCGGUGGCCUCACCAAGCAACAGUAAGUUGACCAGACUCCAACAACCAAACAAUCCGUUUAACACCGUGUCUUUAAGUCAUGGCAAAUCUGCAUCCAACGCAAGGAGCCAAGGCGCGUUAACCGUUGUGUGUACAAAUGUUCCUGAAUCACAGGCGAGUACAAUAAAGGGGAAGCUGUUGGAUGAUCGUAAUCAGUGGAAGUCUAUAUGUACUGCGAUUGGCAUUUCGGUUGAACCUGCAAUGCUGAGACGAGUCACACGUCAUCCAAAUUCAGCGCACUACGGUGAACCCCGACUUCUCCGGGUGACACUAAACUCCAUCAAGGACACAGAGGCAGUUCUACUAUCGUCCAACAGGCUUUGUCAUUCAUCACUCGAGGCGCGUAUACUUCCUGAUAUCCCCUGGAACGAACGUCCGAAAAAGAUGAGCAACCGUGAAGAAGUUCGUAAAGCCGAGGCGAAACGGACGAUAAUUGUGUACGGGGUUCCUGAGCUCCAAAAUUCAACCUCUGAUGCAGCGGAUGCACAUGACCGGGAGCAAUGGAGUUACAUCCGCCACGAAAUCUCCCUCAAUAAUAUCAUCGCUAAGCGGUUGACCAGGAUUCCAUUUUCACCCAACUACAAAGGGAACGGUCCCAGACUUAUGAAGGUGGUGCUUCAAUCUGAGUUUAUGUUACCGCUCGCCUUGGAAAACUGGUCCAAAUUCCGCAUGAAGCUGCCAGCUGAAAUUCGGUUAAAGGCAUCAGGUACGCUGCCACGGAUUACCAACGACUCACGGGGAGCGAUCAAAUUGUUGAACCAUCCACUCAUGCAACUUUGUGAAGGCAUGGAUUUAUCAACAACCGCAAUAUCCCACGAAACACGGCUGAACACGGGGGACCAGCAGGGCCCGGAAGGCCGCGAUCAGUCGUCUAACCGAAAGCAAACUCAAAGGCAAACGUCACCACAAAAAAACGGUUAAUGGCCGACCCGUUAACGGUCGGCACAAACUCCAUUUCUACCACAACCUGUGCUAGCUCACUCUUGGUUACAAAAGCACUAUCCUGCAUGUAUACUAAUGCACAAGGCCUCAUAAGUAAGUUGGUAGAACUCCGUCACCGUUUGGCUUCGGAGCCUCGAGACAUCAUAAUGAUCACCGAAACCUGGCUGAGCGGCGAAAUCACAGACGCUGAGAUUGCCAUACCGGGUAUGUCACUUCUCCGGAACGACAGAACGGGCAAGGGCGGUGGCGUGCUCAUUUAUUUCCGAACGAACCUUCGUUGUGAGCUCAUAGACGAUCCCCAGACUUGUGUCACCGACGUCCUUUGGUGCAAACUGUGGUUGGAACGCAACGACGUAUGCCUUCUCUCUGUGGUUUACCGACCACCGAAAUCCACUCCGGAAAGGGACAACAGACUUAUCUCCGCUUUUCGCUCCGUGCUUAAUCAGAAGUACAGCCACAUCCUCGUUGCAGGAGAUUUCAACACCCAUGACUUGGAAAAUCCAGCAUCCGAGACAGAGGUGUUCAAGGCAUAUUUGCAAGAGCUACUCUCUAGCACCUUCUUGUAUAACCACGUCACCGUUCCAACCAGGUUCAGAACAGGAAACAACCCAUCGAUAUUAGAUCUAGUGCUCACUAACGAAGAGCUCAUGGUCGAUGGACUAAAGGUGUGCAGUCCUUUGGGCCGUAGCGAUCACGUGACUUUGCAGUUCGAUUACAUCUGCUACGCCAAAUAUCCAGCUGCGGAGCUCGAAACGAGGCAAUCUGUUAUCCAUUACCACGUUCUGUCUGCCUUAGUUGAGAAUACCAGUUGGACGUUUCUAGCUAACUGCACCCCAGAACUAGCCUGGGAGACAUUUGCGAACACCAUCACGUCACUAGUCAUAGAAGCCUCAACACCAAAAGUUUCCCAACAUCCCCGCACAGCGAAAUCAUUCUUGCGAAGUCGGACGCGAAAAUGCAUGACUCUAAGGGAUCGGGCAUGGCGCACGUAUAAAAGCAACCCCAGCGCAGAAAACUGGACGGAAUACGUUUCGCAUCGCAACUACUGUGUGCUUUUGGUUCGCGAAGACAAGAGAACGCAUCAGCAGGAGCUAGCCAAACGAUUCUGUUCGAACAAAAAGCUUCUUUACAAACAUGUGAAUGGACUUCGCAAGGUGCAACGGGGAAUCCCACCACUUAAUACGACCAAUGGGUAUACACAUACUGCGAAAGAGGCGGCCAACGCAUUACGGGCCCAGUACUCCCCAAUCUUCCAAGGUGUACAAGCCUCGACGUAUAUUCCGCCACUAGUUACCCCACCGCCCGUUUUAUCCAACGUCACGUUCACUGCAGAAAUGGUGCUGCAAAAGCUGCUAUCCUUGCGUCCACACAGCUCUCCCGGGGCCGAUAACAUUCACCCGAAAACAUUACAGGUAGCUGCCAUCCACUUGGCCGAACCACUAGCUGCAUUUUUUCAGCGCUGUUUCGAUGAGAACAUCGUACCUUCGAGGUGGAAACAAGGUGUAAUAACGCCCAUAUACAAAGCAGGAAGUCGAUCGGAUCCUGUCAAUUACCGCCCCGUAACGCUUCUGCCUGUGAUCGCCAAAGUCAUGGAAGCGGUGAUAGCAGAUGCGUUAAUGGGAUACUUGGAAAACUACGGCAUAAUUGCGCCAGAACAGCAUGGGUUUCGUCAACAUCGUUCAUGUACGACGAAUCUGCUGAUAGCUCGUGACAACUGGACCGAGACUGUCGAUGAGGGAACAGGAGUCGAUGUUGCAUUCUUGGACUUUUCGAAAGCCUUCGAUCGCCUGGAUCAUCGAAUCCUGCUCAUUAAACUCCAACAGUACGGUAUCGGAGACCCGUUGUUAGGAUGGAUCGGUAACUUUCUCUCUGAACGGCAGUUAGUAGUUAGAGUUCGAUCAUCCUUUUCCGAUCCGAUUCGAGUGGGAUGCGGCGUACCGCAGGGUUCGGUACUUGGGCCUCGUUUGUUCCUGCUUUUCAUUAACGAUCUAGUAAGAGUUAUUACGUCGAAAUUCUUACUCUUCGCGGACGACCUCAAGGUUUGGCGGGCGAUAAAACGAUCGGACGACCAUGAAGUCCUACAGCGUGACUUGAAUGAGGCCUGGAAUUGGUCGGUGAGAAACGCCCUGCCGUUUAAUGUGGACAAAUGUCGCGUUGUUCAUAUCCGCCAUCGACAAGUCCACGUCUACAAGCUUGGGGCACACGAUCUGAAGACCACCACUCAGGAACGCGACUUGGGUGUGCUGGUACAGGAAGACCUCGGGUGUUCCAAACAGUCAGAUUCCGCUUCUAAAAGGGGCAACCAGCACGUUGGACUCCUGCGAAGAGCAUUCGGAAUUUUGGAUCCAUCCAUCUUCUCUUUGAUGCUGAAUGCCUACGUGCGUCCUCACGUCGAAUAUGCAAUCCAGGCCUGGCAACCCUGGCUAAAACGUGACCUUGCAGCGCUUGAGACCCCACAGCGUCGAGCAACGAAAAUCGUCAAGGGCUUGCGCCACACUCCUUACCAGGAACGACUGGAGAUACUCGGAGUGUUCAGCGGACGGUACCGGCGACUUCGUGGAGACCUCAUACUAGUGUACCAGAUAUUGAGCGAUCCCAGUCACGUAUGCCGCCACCUCUUGAAGCUCAGCCCGAACACUAACCUUCGCGGUAACAGUUUAAAGCUGAGCCAACAGUACAGUCGUCUAGACUGUCGGAAAACCUAUUUCUCCCUCCGGGUCUGCGGGCCCUGGAACGCCCUUCCAAACUCAGUAGUUUGUGCCCCCACAUUAGAUACGUUUAAAAAACGAUUGGACGUCGCACUGAGCGCCCUGCGCUUUGUUUUAUGAACGAAAACGCUUGUAUAUAUUUAGGCUGACCAGCCUCUUUGGAUUUUUACCCCAAAUUCACGGUCGUAAAUCUGUGCGAACCGGUGAGUACUCCAUUUUUAUUUGCUACCAUCACCAACGAUAACAAUUUCUUAGCCAGUUUUGCGUCGUACCACUUUAUCCCCCUAAAACUGUUAUACUUCUACCUUUUAUCUCACUGACACUCCUUACUUCAACCACUUAUGUGGUUUGCCAAUUUGUUAGUAUUUCUAUUGCCAACCUGCGGGACUCGUUAAGUGUAUGCUUUUUUACCCGUCAUAUACCAUUGUUCCAUUGUUCA